AACACAGCGACCAAAUGGAAGACAGAUAUUUUGAGGAUUGAAGUCUCUUCCUGUCCAUUACCAGGUCUUCUCUGUGGCUUAUGAUAUAAUGCGGACAGCUAACAGUGUUUUCACAUCUCUCCUGCUGCUCAUCUGCUCUUCUGUCAUUUGCUCUUCUAAAGGGCGUCCUGUGCUGUCUUCCUAUGCCAAGACAGAGGAUAAACUUUUUAAAAGACUCUUCAGGAACUAUCAGAAAUGGGUGAGACCAGUGGAGGAUCUGAAUGACCAGUAGGAUCUCAGAUGGAAUCCAGAUGAUUACCUGGGAAUCACCUCCAUCAGAAUUCCCUCAGACUCCAUCUGGAUUCCUGACAUUGUGCUAUAUGACAAUGCAGAUUUUGAGGCCACAGUAACGAAAGCAGUUGUGCAAUAUGAUGGGACUAUCUCCUGGACAGCUCCAGCCAAUUAUAAAUCAGCCUGCACCAUCGAUGUGACCUUUUUCCCCUUUGACCUUCAGAACUGCUCUAUGAAAUUUGGUUCCUGGACUUAUGACGGUUCACAGGUGGACGUUGUCCUUGAGGAUGUGCAUGUUGACAAGCAAGACUAUUUUGACAACGGGGAGUGGGAAAUCACGAAGGCAACCGGCAGCCGAGGCUUGAGAACCGAUGGCACAUUUUUCUACCCAUCCAUCACCUACUCCUCUAUCAUCCGCCGUCUUCCUAUCUUCUACACACUGUUCCUCAUCAUUCCCUGCAUUGGCCUGUCCUUCCUGACUGUUCUGGUGUUUUAUCUUCCGUCGAACGGAGGAGAGAAAAUCUCCCUAUGUACUCGUCUCCCUUACGUCUUCCUGCUAGUGAUAGAAGAAAUCAUCCCUUCUUCCUCAAAGUUGAGACUGUGUCGUUUAGUGAUUCCUCUCAUUGGAGAGUAUUUGGUGUUUACCAUGAUCUUUGUGACCCUUUCUAUUGUUAUCACCGUCUGCGCCAUCAAUAUCCACCAUCAUUCCUCAUCUACUCAUCACAACAUGGCACCCUGGGUCAGGCGCAUCUUUUUGCACCACGUGCCUAAAGUUCUGUGCAUGCACAGCCACGUGGACCGCUACGCCAGUGCUGCUGGCAUCCAGCGGGCAGACAGGACUGGAAGAGGAGGUGUGGGUUACGCCAAGAGUUUGGGUAAGGGAAACAACCCCACUUCCCAAGCAGAACACCGUUUACAGGCAGCUCUGGAAUCUAUAGGCUACAUCACUCUUCAUGUUGUGAAGGAAAAUGAAGUCAGAGAGGUUGUGCAAGACUGGAAGUUUGUGGACCAGGUUCUGGACAGGGUUUUCCUGUGGGCAUUCCUUCUGGUGUCUGUGUGUGGUUCUACUCUUCUUUUUAUUCCUGUUAUCUAUAAAUGGGCCAACAUCAUUGUCCUCAACUAUGCUGGAAGUACCAACUAUAGCAAGUGA